AUGCCUAAUUUAAUGCGGGGAGAAAGAGGGGGCAAUAGAGUGGGCCAGAAACUGGAGCUGCUGCACCGGGUGGUGCUGCUGUCGGGCUGCGCGCUCAGCCCGUGGGCGCUGCAGCGCGACCCGCUGUCGGUGAAGCGGCGCGUCGCCGAGCAGACGGGCUGCCACGGCGACCUGCUCGAGGACGACCUGGCGCCCUGCCUGCGCGCCCGCCCGCUGCACCAGCUGCUCAACGUGCACCUCGACCCGCCGCGCUUCCUGCCCGGCUUCGCGCCCUUCGUGGACGGCGCCGUCCUCAUGGGCACCGGGUCGACGUCGCUCGGCGACCUGGGUGGCGGCGGCGAGCUCGCGGACUUCCCCACGCGGGACCUCCUGUUCGGCCUCACGACCACCGAGUCGUACCUGGACCUGUCGGCGCAGGACCUCGAGUUCGGCUUCAACGAGACGCGGCGCGACCGCAUCCUGCGCACGUACGUGCGCAACGCCUACAUGUACCACCUCAACGAGAUCUUCGCCACGCUCAAGAACGAGUACACGGACUGGGAGCGGCCCGUGCAGAACCCGCUCAGCGUCCGGGACGCCACCCUGGAGGUGCUCUCGGACGGGCAGACGACGGCCCCGCUGCUGCGCGUCGGCCACCUGCACGCGGCCAGGGCGCGGGGCGGCGCCAGGGGCGGCCGCACCUACUUCCUGCACUUCAAGCACCAGAGCGGCGAGCGGGAUUUCCCCCAGCGGUCUGGCAGCGUGCGCGGCGAGGACAUCCCCUACGUGCUCGGACUGCCGCUGGUCGCCGGGCGACCCUUCUUCCCGCACAACUACAGCGGCCCGGACGCCCAGGUGUCGCUCAUGCUCAUGCGGUACCUCGCCAACUUUGCCCGGAGCGGGGACCCCAACAGCGCCAUGGACAACAUCCCUCGCGCGCCGACUGACAUCCCCGAGGACCUCAGGCAAGGCGUGGACCUGGAGCCGCCGCCCUUCUGGGACACGUACGACGCCAUCAACCAGAUCUACCUUGAGCUGGGCACGACGGCCAAGACGGAGAGCCACUACCGGGGCCACAAGAUGUCGCUGUGGCUGAACCUGCUGCCGCAGCUGCACCGGCCGGGCCUCGACGAGCUCAACAUGAGGCACCACCACUUCCAGGAGGAGGGCGCGCAGUACUAUGACGGCUCCGUGCGGCCACAGACCUUCCAGAGGCCGGCGGCGCAGGUGCCGCCGCCGCCGCCGCCCAGCACCACGCCGAUGGAGGCGCCGUCCUCGGCGGCGCCCUCGGUCGCCAACACGCCCGCGGCCGCCGCCCCCGUCACGACGGAGUGCCCGCCCAACGGGACGGCCCUGGGGGCGGCGGCGGCAGCGGCGGCGGCGGCCGCCGCGGCCGCGGCUGGUCCCGGCGCCGUCAGCGAGACCCUCCGGCCGAACAACAACAACAACCUGCUGCGCAAGUUCGCCAGCAGCCACUACCAGAGCUACACGACAGCGCUCUCCGUGACCAUCGCCGUCGGCUGCUUCCUGCUCCUGCUCAACAUCCUCAUCUUCUUCGGCAUCUACCACCAGCGCGACCGGUCCAACGCGGCCGAGAAGAAGAAGAAGAAGCAGCGCAAGAAGAAGGAGGAGCUGGCCGACAGCUGCUCGAGCAGCUCGGGCGACGGCCACCACCUCGACACCAAGCACGCGCUGGCCGCGCUCGUGGACGAGAUGCCGUCCGGGGCCGCGUCGGGCAUGGGCGGCAUGGCGAGCAUGGCCAGCAUGGCGGGCCUGGGCGCCACGGCGUCGAGCCCCAUGCUGGACAUGCCGCUCCAGGAGUUCAACUGCUCGCCGCCGCCCGGCUCCAAGCGGCCCAUCGCCGCGGUCGGGGCCAGCCGCGGGCCCAGCCCGGGACCCCUGGGGCCCCUGGGGCCCCUGGGUCCCCUGGCGCCCAUGGGCCCCAUGCUGGGCUCGUGCUCCAGCCUGGCGGGGGUGGAGAUGGCGGCGGGGAGCGCGCUGAACAGCGUGCACGGCUCGCAGACGUGCAUACCCGACCCGCCGCCGCCGCCCAAGGGGCAGCCUCCGUCCAGCCAGCUGUGCAACAGCCUCGGCAUCCUCAGGUCCCAAGGCUGCCCCUCCACCCCCGGCUCCACCAAGAAGCGGGUCCACAUCCAGGAGAUCUCAGUCUGAAGCGCCGCCCUUUUUAUUAUGUUCAUUUUUAUUUUAUAAAGUGUUUGGUGAAGAGACAGUUUUAUGACGCACAAGACUUCUAAGUGAAAGCUAUUUGUGUUAAAGGUGUUUAGUGUUUGUGAUAGGCAAACUCGUGGGAAGAGCCUGAGCUGUGUCAGCUGAAGGCCUGUGAUUUGCCCUUGCGACUAACUUGUUUCGUUUGAGUGAAGUUGCGGUUGCACCUUCUGAGAAGAAUGUUCCGUACAACAGACAUCAUACGACUAAUGUGUUACACUUCUUUAAGUGAUGCCAAAAAAAAUCAACUCCUCAUGAUUUUUCAGUGUAUGUCGGAGUACUCGUUGGACAAACUGUAACAUGAAAGAAGUGCAAGGAACAUUAUCCAAAUCAAGUUUGCUCAUGAAAAAGACAUUUUUCUCUAAAGUAUAUAGUAUUUAUUAGUUUUUAUUUUUGGAGAGUGUUAAUGAGCAAAAGUAUGUUUGUGCAAAAUGAGUGUCACAACUUCCUAUUUUAAUUUAAAAAAAGAAUACUGCCUAAAAAGAUAUGAAUCAUCAAAAUCGGGCACAACUGGACAGACAAUUUUAAUGUGGUCUUCAACAUGUAAUCUCCUGCCUUUGAGUUGGGGAUACAUUGCUUCCAGCUUUGAGUGAAUUGAAUUUUUAUUGUGACUGGUACAUUCCUAUUCAAGUUUUACUUUCUCCGUACAGCAUUUCAGAAUGCUUUGAAAAUUGUAACCACACCUAGCUGUAAAUGAACCUGGUAAAACACACAUUAGGUAGGUAGAGCAACAACAAAGAAAAUCAGGCCAAUUGUACAAGAUGGGAAAAACUUAUUGCCGUUUCAAUAUAAUUAAGAGUUUUCACCCAGUCCUUCAUAUAGUUUUACAUCAUAACAUAUUUUUCAAGAUAUUUCCAAUUUUUUGUAAGAACGUGCCAAAAUACUUUUAUUAGAUUAUAGUUUUGUUGAUUUCAGCUCUGGUAAAUUCAGAACAGUUAAGAAUCAUGAAAGUUAAAAUACACUGCCUCCAAAGGAUUGAGAAAAGUAAAAUAUUCAACAUGUUGCUCUCAAAGAUGUAAUGUAAUAAAAGAUCCUGUACUUUACACAGCUAGUACAGUUCAGUGAUGUGACUGCGAUUCUUUUAGUGAUUCAGCAUUUGGUAAAGCUUGUUGUGGUGUUCAUGCAGUAUUUUUUAUGUUAUUGAUUUCUUUACAGUGAUUUUCAGGUCAAUAAACCUUUGAAAUGACUGAGCAAUUUUCACUGUAAAAGUGAACUUAAUCAUUAAGUAUUGACAGUAAAUUUCAAUAAUACAGUUGACAUGUCAUGAUAUUAAUCAAUUGUUUAUCAGGAAAAAUUUGUUGGUAUUUUCCAUUCUUUAAAUAGUUAAACAACAUUUUUGAAAUGCUAAAAAUGUAUAAUGACUUGGAAAAUGGCAUUGUUUUGUUGGUAAAAGGUUUUCAAAUCCAAAAUAAAACAAAUGUUUAAGUAAAACAGA